AGCAAAAACCUCUAGCUAGCUCUUUCUUAGCCUUGUUCUUCAGAUAUGGCAUUGUCUUCAACUUUUCUUAACCCCCUCGCUACUUCGGUCACUCUUAAUCCCCACCCUAAGAUCAAAAAUGCUGGAAAGAGCUUCAGAGUAAAUUGCUUAAUCAAAAUUGAGCAGACUGUGACCAAACCGGCUGUUGUGGAAUCCCCUGCGGUUCCAGCUGGUGAUGAAAAAGUUGUGAAAGAUCCAAGUAUGUCCACAGUGUUGGUGAAUUACCAUGCUGAUUGGGAUCCUUUUCAUGCAACCUCUACUCCAAUUUACCAAACUGCCACUUUCAAAAUGAAAUCUGCGACGGAAUUUGGUGAAUAUGGCUAUUCAAGAAGUGCAAAUCCUACCCGAAACACUUUGGAAAAGUUAUUAGCAAAGCUUGACAACGCAGAAUACGCCUAUUGCUUCAGCAGUGGAAUGUCUGCUUUGACUGCUGUUUGUGAACUUGUUAAUCCUGGUGAUGAAAUCAUUACUGUUCUGGAUAUCUAUGGGGGUUCAUAUAACUUCAUAAACAAUCUAAUGGCAAGGAAGGAAGGAAUUAAAGUGACCAAAGUAGACACAAGUGAUAUAGAGAAGUUUAAGGAAGCUAUGUCUGAUAAUGUUAAGUUGGUGUGGCUGGAGACUCCCAGUAAUCCUCAGCUAAAAAUAUCUGAUAUCCGAAAAAUGUCGGAGAUAGCUCAUGCACACGGAGCUAUUUUAUUUCUUGACAAUAGCGUAAUGUCCCCGGUGUUAAGUCAGCCAUUGGAUCUUGGAGCGGAUAUUGUUAUGCAUUCGGCUACGAAGUUCAUUGCUGGAAACAGUAGUUGCCUGGCUGGUAGCCUUGCUACGAAUAGGAAAGACUUGGCGGAUCACAUAAACUCUUAUAAAAAUGCGACCGGUUGUGGUUUGUCUCCCAAGGACUCUUGGAUAUGUUUGGAAGGAAUCAAAACUAUGGCCUUGCGAGUUCAUGAGAAACAGAAAAAUGCACAAAUUAUUGCCGAGUUUCUUGCCAGCCAUCCAAAAAUAAAGAAGAUACACUAUCCUGGUCUUAAAGCUGAUCCUGGAUAUGAACUCCAUAAAUCUCAGGCAUCAGGGCCAGGAUCUGUGCUUAGCUUUACAACAGACUCACUGCCACUCUCAAAGCAGAUCGUGGAACAGACUAAAUAUUUUAGCAUGACUGUUAGUUUUGGUGGUGUGGGUUCCUCCAUAUGCUUGCCUUGGUAUACAUCCCAUGGCGGUAUGAGUGACAAAGAGAAAGAAGAAGCAGGUUUAACUAAAGAUCUUGUGCGUGUUUCUGUGGGAAUUGAGGAUGUUAAAGAUCUUAUUAAUGAUCUUAACAAUGCACUCUCAAUUGUGCCGCUUUGAACUUCAUGUGUCAGACCUACGGCUUACGUGCUUCAAAUAAUGAGAAGAUCGAGGAUGUUGAUGAUUAUUUGGUGGUGGUUCUAUUACCAUGUUCUAUUUCUUCUUCUUCUUUUGUUGUUUUCUAUUUGCAUUAUUGUACUUGGCUGCAACAAUUUGGAAUAAUAAUAAUAAGCUUGUUAAACAUAGGCAUUUUUAUUAUCUCA